AAAAAAUGGACAGGACUUUUAUUUUGACCGGACGGCGUGACGUCAUUGAGACUGCGUCGCGCUCCUUCGUCUGUGAUUCUCCUGAAGGAGUGGACAAAGUGUCAAAACGCACAGAAAAACUCCUGUUGAAGCUGCUAAGAUCCAUGUGACACACUAUUAUAAAGAUGGAAUGUAUUAAAGAAGAGAGUGAAGACAUGAGGAUUGAAGAAUUAUUCAGAGGCAAACAUGAAGAUACUGAGACACAAACGGAGAUGGUGUUUAUUAAAGAGGAGAGUGUGGACACAAGGAAUGAAGAAGCAUUUAGAGUCAAACAUGAAGAUAUUGAGACACAAACAGAGAUGGUGUUUAUUAAAGAGGAGAGUGAAGACAUGAGGAAUGAAGAAGCAUUCAGAGUAAAACAUGAAAAUACUGAGGAACAAAUAGAGAUGGUAUUAAUAAAAGAGGAGAGUGAAGACUUGAGGAAUGAAGAAGCAUACAGAGUCAAAUGUGAAGGUAUUGAGGAACAAACAGACCCGAAAGAGGAGCAUGAAUUAUUGAAUGAAAUGCAAGAUAAAGAUCAGUACACCAAAUAUAAUUCCAUAACUGGAGAAAAAUCUUUUAGUUGUUCACAGACUGAAAAGUCUUCCUCACUGAAAAGAGCUCAAAAGACUGAAAGUAGAAGUAAUUUCACUUGCCAACACUGCGGAAAGAAUUUCAAUCAACAAGGAAACCUUAAAGUCCACAUGAGAGUUCACACGGGAGUGAAGCCUUACACCUGCAAACAGUGUGGAAAUACUUUCACAGAAAAAGGAAACCUUAAAAAACAUAUGAGAGUUCACACAGGAGAGAAGCCUUACACGUGCAAACAGUGUGGAAAGAGUUUCAAUCAACAAGGAAUCCUUAAUGUCCACAUGAGAGUUCACACUGGAGAGAAGCCGUACACCUGCCCUCAGUGUGGAAAUAGUUUCACUGAAAAUGGAAACCUUAAAAGGCACAUGAGAAUUCAUACUGGAGAGCAGCCUUAUGCAUGCCUUCAAUGUGGAAAGAAUUUUACACAUAAAAGCAUUUAUAAUGCCCACAUGGGAAUUCACACUGGUGAGAAGCCUUUUACCUGCCAACAGUGUGGAAAACAUUUCAGUCAACAAGGAAACCUUAAAGUCCACAUUAGAGUUCACACCGGAGAGAAGCCUUACACCUGCAAACAAUGUGGACAUGGUUUCAUUAAAAAAGAAAGCCUUAAAAGACACAUGAGAGUUCACACUGGUGAGAAGCCUUACACAUGCUCUCAGUGUGGAAUCAGUUUCACUCAACUAUCAAGCUUUAACAGGCACAUGAGAGUUCACAUCAGAAAGGAGCAUUAAAACUUCUGUGUGGAAGAACUUCAAAACUAAACAUCAAGGCCAAUGUAUACUAUGGUUUUUACAUCUACACGAUGGUCUGCGUACACUUUGCAUGACACAAAAUACACCAAAAUAGUCUGCAUGAUUGAAAUCGCAAAAUUGCACGUUCUGAUUGUUAGGGUUCAAAGUCCAAAGCGUCCAAAUCUGUGUGUGCUGAUACAAUGUUAUUUGUAAGUUGUUCAGUCACAUUAAUGAAUUUUUACAAGACAUGACAAUGAGAUAAGUACGAUGUAUUCGUAUUGAGACUCGUUAAUAAAUCUGCUGUUGUCAACGAAAAGAAGCUGAGGUCUUCCUGCGCGUUUCCAUCAAAAUAAAAGUUAAGAAAAAGCAAGAGCUCUAUCAAUAUUUAAAUAGAUGUUAGUAUUGUAAUUUAACUGUUGUUCUGUAAAUAAAAAUUAAGUGAGUUAUAAUGAUAAGCACUACAACAGUUCUGCUGAUACAUUGUAACACACACACAGUGUUCAAAUUGGGAUUUGUAAUAUUUUCUAAUAGUUUAAAAGAAGUCUAUUCUCAGCAAGGCUGUAUAGUAAAAAAAAUACAUGCCUAAUUCAAGAGGGGGUUCUGAAUGCCAAAAAUAUUAUUUUACUAACUUUUUAAUUUUAAGUAAAAUUUAGCAGAAACCCAAGGUGGUAUUUGGAAGAGUGCCAGGAAAAAAAUUUGUUUUGAUAGGUAUGGUCACCCUAUCUGUGUGGAAAUAAUUCAAUAAUUCAAUAUCGCAAUAUAUUGUUAUUUUUGUUUGCUUUUUUUAACACUAAACCAUGGGGGAGCUUUUAAUCACACAGACUGUACAUGAUGUAUAAGAUGAGGUAUACAGUAUUGUUCAAAAUAAUAGCAGUACAAUGUGACUAACCAGA